GAGCACGGUCCAGGAACGCUAGCUAGCUCUUGUUCUAGACCAGGUGGCAAGAUCUACGGACCGAUACCAUAUUGAAAUACUAGGAAGAAUUUUGGGAAUAUUUGCAUAAACUUCAACUUUCGUGCCACUUUUCGUGAAUUUUAACUGUCGUAAUACCACGGAAAAGCGAAAACACCUCCGAAAAGAGCGUUCCCGAAGUAAACAUCCCACCAUCCCAUGAAUGUCAAACUCUGAAGUUUUUUCUAAAAUACGAUCGGGGAUUUGUUCUGGAUAAAUCUACCUGUCUUUUUAAAGUACCUUGACCGGGACGCGCAACACCCAUACCACCACACCUUCGAGGGGUGUGCGUUUACAGGCCGUUUCAGAAGUGAGCAGAAAUUUUGACCUUUCUCGGGCCCACUGUGCUCAAUCGAUUACGUCACGGCAAACAAACGGUUUUUCGUUUUUUUUGUUGGUGAAAACACCGGGAAAAGAAACAAAACUACUGGAGUUGUAUCCCCUGCGGGGGGUCAAGAAUCGUGCGGGGGGUUGAGAAAAUUGAACUGAACACGUGCCGGCGCCUGUGGUGCUUAAUCCGUUCGGAAACGCUUUUCAGCGGCGCGGAAAACGAGAGAAAAUAAACGGAAAAUUCCGCGGCUUGGGUUUGUGCGUGUGUGUGCGUGCUAUCCGAAAUAACCGCGCGUGGUUCUCGUCGUUGGCCACGGCGGUGGUGCUGAAAUUCCUCAAAAAGUUGGUUACCUAUCUUUCGAAAAAUGGCCAACCAAGUGUUUUGGUUCUUUUUGGCGCUGCGUAUUGCUUCGGUGUUCCUGGUGACGACCUUUUUUGUGCCGGAUGAGUACUGGCAAAGCUUGGAAGUGGCCCACCGUUUGGCCUUCGGUUAUGGACACCUGACGUGGGAAUGGACUGCUGGCAUUAGAAGCUAUCUAUACCCGGCUCUCAUAGCCGGACUGUACAAAGUGCUCGCCUUGCUCAGCCUCGAUACCGUCCUACUGCUGACCAUCCUGCCGCGCAUUCUACAAGCGCUGUUCAGUGCCUACGCCGACUAUCGCUUCUACGUUUGGUCCAACAAAAGCAAAUGGUCCAUUUUCCUGCUUGCUUCUUCGUGGUGCUGGUUCUACGUUGGAUCGCGUACCUUAGCCAACACCCUGGAAGCAUCGCUAACGAUGAUUGCGCUAAGUGUGUUCCCCUGGACUUCCGAAAGUACGAGCUUCCUGUGGCCCGUGGCGAUUUCUUUCUUCGUACGACCAACCUCCGUCAUCCCCUGGGUUCCACUGUGCCUGUACCACAUUAAAAAGUCAUCCCACCCAACGUGGGAGUUGCUGCUGAAGCGGUACCUACUGAUCGGCGUGCUGAUCGGUGCGCUUAGCAUCGCGGUGGACAGCUACUUCCACGGCUCAUUCAUCGUAACACCAUACCACUUCUUGGAGUACAAUGUACUGAAAGGGAUUGGUAGCUUCUACGGGGAGCAUCCCUGGUAUUGGUAUCUGUCGGCUGGUCUGCCGAUGCUCCUUGGUAUCAUUAUCUUGCCAUUCCUGGUAGCAUCUUUUGAAACGGUACGCUAUAGACAGGUGUACAAAGAGCGUUUCUUGCUGCUAUCAUCGGUACUCUUCACGGUCACUGUGUAUUCCGUGCUGGCACACAAGGAGUUCCGCUUCCUGCUGCCCGUGCUUCCAACGUGUCUGUACAUUACCGCCGAUUAUCUUGCCCGCUGGAGUCGUAAAGCAUCCAGCGCCAGCAUCUGGUUCGUAGCAGUGCUCAUAUUGACCGUAAACAGCUUGAUGGCCGGUUAUGUCGGAUCUGUUCAUCAGCGAGGUACCGUCGAUGUCGUCGCACAUCUUAGCUCAGCGACUAAGGAUUAUCGGGAUGAGUUCAACAAUCAGGCCAAGAUUCUGUUCCUGAUGCCUUGCCACUCGACGCCGUUCUAUAGCCACGUGCAUCAGAAUGUGACGAUGCGUUUCCUGCGGUGCGAACCAAACCUGCAGGAACAGGAGAACUACGUCGACGAAGCCGACCAGUUCUACGAAAAUCCGAUGGGAUGGAUUCGCAAAAAUCUUCCCGUGCAUCCUCUCAGUGCCCUUCCGACACACCUCGUGGCAUUUGAUGUGCUUGAACCAGCGAUUGCCAACUUCCUGUCGAUCUACGAAGAGAAAGCAUCAUUUUUCCAUACGGACUAUCCCACGGAACGGGUUGGCCAGUACGUGAAGCUCUAUGAACGGAUCGAUCCAAAUGCGGCCAGAACGAAGCCGAUCACUACCUCCACCACAGCUGCGCCACCGAUAAGUGAAGGCGUUUAUGCUGAUCCUGACGAACAGUACAACCCCGACGAAGACGAGACGGCCUAGACAGAGGCACAGUUUGCAUUCACCAUAACGGCGAUGAAGCAUUUCACGUAUACAUCGAAUUGACUUUAAACUUUUAAAUUACUUUUAGACUUUGUGCGUUUUUUUUUUAUUGAAAUGGUGAGCUGAAGAUGAUUGGAGUUGCAGUUUUGCGUUUGACCAGACUUUCUGCAAUCUUCCUUCCAAAGGAAGGUAUUUUUUUACUUUUAUUGACUUUAAUUUCCUCACAAAAUUAGUGGCUUUGUGUAAUAAUUAGAUUAAUCCUCCGGUGGUGUUCGAUCCCCUUGCUUCCCAACGAGUUUGCUCAGUUCAAAAUGAUUUCACUCUCUGUUAGCGAUAAGCUACUCCCACUGCCACGCUUCCCUGUUUUCCCCUGGGUUCGAGGGGCGGGCGAUAGCGUAGUGUAGUAACACGAG